AUGGUCCUUGAAAAAGAUCGCCCCAAACCCGUCGUCAUGACCAACCUGCGCUCUCCAUCACAGAGCCCACCACGCUCCGGCACACAAACGCCAGCAGCAUGUCGGCCGCUUCUUCGACACUCGUAUUAUGCUGGACAGAGCAUACACACCUGGCCGACCCUCCGACUUAGCGACUUCAGCCACCCCAACAAUCUGCGCGAACAAAACAAGCUCGAGUCUGCCAUGCGCUCGCCCACAAUCCGCGACCGUUCUAGUUCCUACGACGCGCUUUCCCACCUCAAGGACGUGCAGAAAGAGUACGAAGAUGAGAGGCUCACACCAAAGCCCCCCAAACAUGGCCCAAGUGCCGCCUCACCGCUUCGGCCGCGGCCACCACCGCUGCUCCGCCGUGUCUCACAUGAGGUUCGCGAGCGUGAACAGAAUCUGAGGAUGGAGGUCGAGGCACUGAGACACCAGCUGAAGGAUCAGGAGGAUCAGAAGCAGGCGGAGUCGUUGAUGGUAGGGUUUGUCCUCAACAGGAUCGUCGAGACGCAACGGAAUCAGAUGGCGGUACAACAGCAGAUGUUGAACAAGUUGGUUGCUAUGGAUCUGCAGGGAAACGGGCUGCCAGAGACGUUCAGCAGAAGGAAAAGCAAAUAG